AUUAACGAUCAAAUCAAUGGAAAACGAAAGCUAUUUCAAGACUGUCACUUCUAUUAAUUCUAAUCGUUCAGAAUAUCAACUUAGUAAAUCACUCAAAAAUAAUGAUAAACCCUUAAAAGAAUCUGAUCUUGCUUUAUAUUAAGCUGCAAGAGAGAAAUGUGCAAAUAAAUAAACUGAAAAAUUAUCAACUCCUCUAUUUUAAGUUACUUCAUUAAUUACAAAUGCUGCACCUCUACAUAAACCUACUGUAAAGACUACUCAAUUUAGCAAUUAACCUACUAGCGUAUUUGAUGUAUCAAAAUUUUUUACAUUUUUUAGUUUACUGAAAAUCGUAAAGAAUAAACAUUUAAACCUCAUUGUAUAAAAGUUAAUGAGCCUGGAAAUAAUUCAGAUUUAGUUUACAAAUAAUAAUUAAAAACUUCCAAUCUUCCAACCAGAGAAAAUUUGUAUCGUAAUCCAAUUACUAAUGGAGAUCCAAAGAGUGAAUAUAAUAGAAGCACAAAAACUCCCUUUCCAAAAAAUCAAAUUAAUUUUGUUGGAUGA